GCCAUUUUACAUAGGUUUCAAUGGGGAAAGUCUGUUGUUUCGGGACUUGCAAUUCAGACUCCAGGUACCCUGAAAGGGUGUCUGGAGUCAGUUUUUACCCUUUUCCGAAGCCAAAGACCCGCAUGGAUGCAUGCAUGAGAUGGAUUAAGGCCUGUGGUCGUCCACAUUCGCAACUCAACGUAACGAAGAUCACGAAGGACACAUACAUAUGAUCAAAGCACUUCAAAGAUGGGAGACCAACGACACGGUUUCCAGACCCGCAGCCAGCGGAUGGCACCGACGCCGCGCCAGUCAGGACGCCAAUGAAACGUCAUGUACAGCAGAAUGAGUGCAACAAAAAGCCCAGACUGACCCCACCCAUACAGGAAAGUCAGCUGCAGGGAACACCCACAGAGGGAUCUUCUUCUCCAAGUCUACGUUCCAUCCAGAGACUGAAAAAGGAAAAUAAGGACCUGAAGAGGGAAAAUGAUGACCUGAAAAGGGAGAAGGAAGACCUGAACAGUACAUGUAAAGACCUGAGAAGGAAAAAUGAAGACCUGAAAAGAGAAUGUGCAGACUUGAGCAGGGAGAAUGAAGAACUGAAAAAGCAUGCGUUUAGUUUUAAUGUUGUUGCUGGGUCUCGUACAAAGAACUUACUUCAGUAUUAUACUGGUUUUACCUAUGUUACUUUUAUGUCCCUCUUCAGUUUCCUUGUUCCAAAUGAAGGUAUUAACCCUGUUGCGUACACUUCUAGGAAGACAGCAUGUAUGGCAUUGUCGUUGAAAGACCAGUUGUUUUUGGCGACGCCUGAGGGGCGAGCCUAAUGUUACAGAGUGCGACCGUUUGACAAAAAUUCCCAGAAUUUCGUAGGCAUGUCUGGAAUUUUUACACGCAUGCGUAGUGGUAUCCUCUGAGUAUUCAACUUGCUGUUGUACAGUUGCGGUAAAACAUAACCUGUGUUAGUAAGUGAACCUGAGACACUAAGAUAUCAGCAAAUACACUUUUGUAUGUCUCCACCAACAAUUUUAUACGAUAAACUUUAUUAGGAAUGCUUUUCAAAUGUAUUUGUAUUGAUUUUCAACAGUUCAACAUAUCUUUGUGUAGGUGGCUGCACUUGAAAAAAAAUGGCAACAUUUUCUCAUUUCCAAUAAACUUUAUUAAUAAUGAUUUCGAA